AUGAAGCUUGAAAAAGAAAGCUUCAUCUUGUUAUGUUUUAUUAUAUUUAUUGUUGAUCGAAGUGGAUCUAUGAGUGGAUCAAGGAUCAAAAAAACGAAGGAAGCUCUAAUUCUUUUUCUAAAAAGUUUGCCUUAAGAUUCUGAUUUUAACCUAAUCUCAUUUGGUUGUGGAUAUUUUGUUAUUUUUAUUCAUUAUUCUAUUAAAAAUAUGUCUUUCAUAAUAGUAAUUAUUCACCCUUAUUUAAGAACUCCUAAGCAUAUUCAUAAAAAAUAUUUGAACUAGCUAUUAUGGAAGUUGAAAAAUGGAUGCUGA